AAGACUAACGAAUUCCCAUUCGAAUUCCCGCGUCUUGCUCUCGGUGUCUUCCACCUUCCAAGCCCGACGUCUCGCCAUCGCCCCUCCUCUGCUCUGGUUCCCGCGUCGCCGUCGCACAUCCUCAGUUCAGCACCCCGCGUCGCGGUCGCCACUCCCUUUGUGCCCUGGAAUCCUAGGCUGAAGUAAUGUCAGGGAAAGCUCUUUGAGAUCUCAAUACACUGCCUGGAUCCGAGAAGAAGAAUGAAAGAUCCAGUAAAAUGAGUUUUACCAAGCAGUUCGUUGGGAAUGCUGUUGAAAAUGUUGAAGAAUGCCAAAAGAAAAACUCUGCCUCCUUUGUUUCACCUCAGACUAAUGGUAAUGAAAUUGCUAAUACUACAGCAGAGACCGGAAGUUCUGAAGUGGAAUACAUUGAAUCUGAGAACUUGAAUGAUCUAGAAGACGUUGAUGCGAGUCUUAAGGCACUCUUUCAAUCAGAUCACUUGAAGUUGCAACUUAGUAUGAGAUUAAAUCAUUGAUGGAAGGCCAUGCUAAUGAUUUUAUAAUUCAUAUAUUGUAAUUUUGUACUUUGUAAUUAAAUGUGUAAAUUGUUUUAGUUCGUAUAUUGUUUUACUAUAUAUAUAUAUAUAUAUAUUUUUGUAAUUCAUAUCGGAGGAACAAUCCUAGUUUGCAUACUGUUUUACUAUAUUUUUUUAUUUCAUAAAAGACAAUUUGCGGUGAAUAAAUUGCUGGAAAUACUUUUUUGGUCGCAAAUGCAUAUUUUUGGCGA